ACGGCGCUGCGAACGGCCCACUGAUCGAUCUCAGAGUAAUCAAGGUGGGCACUCUAACCGCUUUCACGUGAAUUGUUUGUGCUGCGAACCAUUUCUUCUAGCGAAGUAUCGACUACGUAACAGGAAAAAUGGCAUGGUUAUGCGGGCGUGCCGUUUUCCAAACAUGUAGACGUUCAUUUUCCCGUAACGCUGUUAUUUAUGCACAGAAAUCUGGGGAAGAAGCUGAAUUACCUGAUCCAGUGGAUCAUGCGACAGGAUUAGAAAAACGUGAGCUUCUUGCCGCAGCAGCUGGUAAUUAUGAUCCAUAUCACAUGAAAGCUAUAGAAAUAUCACGUGACAGCACAAAGGAUUCUCCUAAUUUGAUACCAAGUGCAUUCACUAGUCGAAUUGUAGGAUGCAUUUGUGAACCAGAUUCUUCGCACGUAAAUUGGAUGUGGUUACAUGAAGGUCAACCACGCCGUUGUGAAUGUGGACACUGGUUUAAACUUGUUGAAAAGCCACCACUUUAAUUUAUGUCAUUUUUUGUAUAUUAGUAAUUUGUUUAAAACAUAGAAUUAAUACUGUAUAAUAUCGAA